AUGAAGAAAAACAGCAAUCGAGCGGUCUGGGUUUAACACCAAGGCGACCAUUAACGAAAAGUUCUAAGCCAGAGGUUCGCUUUACUCUCACAAGGUGUCCAUCGGAUUCCUCUGAAGUGAGUGAACAGGCCGGCACCGUUGUCGAAGAGAAGGUCAUGGUGCAUGCCGCACUGGAUGGGUCUGUUGAGCACACGAUCUCUCCACCCGUUUCGAAGAGAGUUACAAAUUCAGACUCACGUAAACGAACCUAUCAUGAAAUUACCAAUGAAGAAAUUAUAUCACUGUCAGACCUACCAAAGACGCCUAGAUCAAGAAAAAGUUAUAAAGAACACGUAACCGAGAGAAUUCGAUCAAGCCCUAGGCUUAAUCCAGUUACAGAGCUAUUUAAAAAUGUCACAACCGAUUUGAAGGAAGAAUCGUAUGUAGAAUCCGAUGUGAAUGAGCCUGAACAAAAUUUGGUUGUAACGACAACCAGAACGUUGAGAUCACGAAGAAGUUAUCAAGAAUUCACAAAACCGUCACAGUCAAGCACAAAUCUUAGGAAAACAAAAUCGAAGACGCAGGAAACUAAGUCGUCUCUUUGUAGGGACGUACUUGAAAAUAAUGCUUUCAACAAGAUGGUGGCCCUUUCGACACCUACUAUUGAACAAGACAUCUCCACACUUCCAAGCGAAGAAAACCAGAACAUCGUCUCUACAACAGAAAAUCAUGCUAACGAAAGCUAUCAAUGUGAGCAGAUGGACGUAUCUGAAAUCAUUGAAAGUGAUCCGGUUGUGGCUUCGGAAGUCGAAGUCCCUACGAAUAACCAAGACAAUGAUGCGGAAUCUGGUCUGAACGUUGAAAUUAAACCUGACGUUGUCAGUGCAGAUGUCGAAAUUGGCGCGUCGGGCGAGGAAGCAGGCAAACAAGUGCCGGAAGUCAGUUCUUCUGUUGAAGUUGGUCCAUUAACCGAAGAAAAUUUCAAUCUGUAUGACGAUUUGCAAGAUGACAUUUAUGGAUUGGCCGAUCCGGACAUGUAUCCCUGUGAUGUGCCCAUCGAAUUGAAUGAAGAAGUUUGCUUAUCUUCUAUCGCCCAACAGGAAAGUGAUGCUGAUGUUUUAAAUUUAUCUGCUGGUGAACAUUCACUCUGUUCUUCAAAAGUUG